CAUAGGUAGAUGAUAACGAUGAAAAAGUUGUCGCAAAUUAAACUACUGUACCACAUAAAUUAUGGCAGACCCAAAAUACGCCAAGUUGCCAGGCAUUGAUUUGAAUUCUCCAGAUGUCUAUGAAACCAGUGAUCUGCCAGAGUCGGAGCAAAAUAUUCCUACAGUUGAACAGGAGGAGCCAAAUGAGGACAUUGAGAAAGUUGUACUGGACUCGGAUGCAGCGUUCAAAAAGUUUAAAGGAAAGGGUGUUGAUGGAAAAGAUAUAGAUUUUUCUGACAAAAUCAGUGCUGGAAGGCGAACAGGCUAUGAUGCGGCUGUUGAGUAUGAACUGGGGGAUGAGGGUACAGGCAAGAUUGAGACUCCCCAGCAGAAGUUCCAGCGUCUUCAGCAUGAAAUCAGGGAGCUUACAGAGGAGGUGAACAAGAUCAAGGAGAAUGUGAAGUCAGAGGCUGGAGAUGAUAAGCUGUCGCCCGUAGCGAUGGGAAAGCAGCUCGGUUACCUGCAGCACCAGCUCACAGAUCUACACCUGGAGAAAGUGCUGGGACCGGACGUCUCUGUGGACCUGUCCGACCCACAGGGGGCACUCCAGAAGCGUCUAUUGACUCAGUUGGAGUCAUUCAAGCCUGGACAGAAGACAAAGGGCGGAGCUAAAGAGGGCGUGACCUCUGGAGAUCAUGUGACAUAUGAACUCUUCUAUAGGCCUGAACAGGCACAUUUCAGUAGGAAUGCCAAGCUGGCGAGUCUGGAGGAGCGUAUGGAGAGACUAGAGGCAGCUCUGGGCAACACAAGUCAGGACAAGCUGGGUCUGCUGACCUCUGAUACGGAUAACAAGAGCCUGGUGGGUGCAGUGGCAGUGGUGAAUUCCAAGCUGUCUCUACUGGAGCCGACCAACAUUGAGCAGGUGGAAGUGCGCUUGCACAGUGUGCUGCAGAAGCUCGAUAAAAUAGCCGAGAAAAAGACUGCUCAGGAGAGUGGGGAAACACAAAGUAAAGUAAGACAGAUUUCUGAAUUAUAUACUGUAGUGAAGAAAUGGGAGGCAACUGCGGAUGUGUUACCUAAGGUUGUAGAUAGGUUGUCUGCCUUGAAGGACCUUCAUGAACAAGUGCUACAGUUUAGUCAGGAUCUGGCAUACCUGGACACAACACAACAGGAGAUCCAGUCUAGUCUGAAAUCACACGGGGAUAUGUUCAAAAAGUUGGAGGCAGUUCUCAAUGAAAACCUAUCAACCAUCAAGAAUAACUGUGCAAGUGUGGAGUCAAGAGUAGCGGCCCUUAGUAAAUAAUUAAUAAACAAGACAUCAAUAUGAGCCUUUGCUAUGGAAAAAAGGGGUUUCUGCAUGUAGGUAAAGUGUUGUCCCAGAUUAUCCUGUGUCACUUUCCGCCUAAAGUGUAUUUCUUUUAAAUACAAAAUACCAUCAAAGCAAAAAGUGUUGUCCCUUACACAAAACACUGUUAGGUUAUGUCCAUAUAACACAGAAAGUGUUGCCCCUGAUUAGCCUCUGCGGACUUCCCUUAGGACCUCUAUAAAAUGGCUUGGUAGAGGUUGUGAGCUUAUAUGCACACCCAAACCCAACUCAUGUUUUCUGAGACUUGAUGCAAGGUCUAAUAGUCAUCUUGAAAUCUUGUAUGAAUGUUAUUUAUUUGACACCUUAAUGGUACUGCAUUCCAUGACCCUUAGGCAUCCACUAUUUCAAGUUUUUAAAUGGAAACUUUUGUAACAAUUUAACAGAUAAACUGUUUCGUAUAUGAUAC